AGGGUCUUAGAGUGAUUUCAAAGUCAGAACAGAUGAUAGAUGAUUUUGCAUUAAGGUCUCUUCAUUGGAAGAAAAGCAGCAGAAUUUGUAUACAUGUGAUAACUACAUUUCUGUCUUCAUGGUGGUUGAAAACCUUAAUUUUGAACAAUCCAUCAAUUAUAUUUAUUCUUUUAUCAACAGGCAGGAAGCCCCAGUGCCUGGGAACUGUGUGAUUAUAUGCAGCAUAAAAAUAUCUUCAGAGAGCAUUCAUAUUUUAAGAGGCAUUUGGAAACUGAAAACUCAAGGGACACCUGUGACUCCAUCCAAUAUGGAAAACACAUUCCCACUGUGCAUAAGGAAGCAUCUACGAGGCAGCAGCUUUCUGUGUUGAAUCAAUGUGCAGGAGACUUUACUCCCCAGAAAACAGGCUUUCGGGACAAAUCUGUUGAAAGCACUGACUUCCUUAAUAAGUCAUAUUUUAAGGUACAGAUGAGAAUCUAUAAUGGAGAAAGGUUCUGUGAAUUGACUCAAUUUGCAGGAGAUUUUACAUGUUCCACAAGUGGAGCUAUGCCUAUUCAAAUGUACACCAUAAAAGUCUAUGAAUGCAGUAUUUGUGGGAAAGUCUUUGGCUAUUCUUCAAAUCUUAACAGUCACAUGCGAUCCCACACUGGGGAGAAGCCCUAUGAAUGUAAGAUUUGUGGAAAGGUCUUUGGGUAUUCUUCACAUCUUAAUAGUCACAUGCGAACCCACACUGGGAAGAAACUUUCCUAUGAAUGUAAAAUAUGUAAGAAAUCCUUAACUACUUCUUCAAGUCUAACUGAACAUUUCAGAAUUCAUACUGGAGAGAAGCCCUAUAAAUGUAAGGACUGUGGAAAAGCUUUCACUAAGCGCUCAGGACUUUCUACACACGUACAAACACAUGCUGUACAGAAGCCCUAUGUGUGUAAGUUAUGUGGGAGGUCCUUCACUCUUUCUUCAAACAUGACUGACCAUUUAAGAAUUCAUACUGGCGAGAAGCCCUAUAAAUGUAAGGAAUGUGGGAAAGCUUUUCACGCAUCUCCUAACCUUCGUAACCAUCUAAGAACACAUACUAGAGACAAACACUAUAAAUGUGAUAAGUGUGGGAAAGCCUUCAACACUUCUUCCUACCUACAGAAACAUGUAAGGACUCACAGUGCGGAGAAACCUUACAAGUGUAGGGAAUGUGGAAAAACCUACAAAAGGUGUUCCCUAUUGAACGAACAUUUAAAAACUCAUAUGGUGGAGAAACCCUUUGAUUGCAGGGUAUGUGGAAAGUCUUUUAGAAGUUCUGCAUGCCGUAAUAAACACAUUCGUCGUCACGCUGGACUCAAACCUUACAAAGACUUCACUGUUUCUUCAAGUCUCACUGAACAUAAAAGAACACACAGUGGAGAGAAACCCUAUAAAUGUAAGGAGUGUGGGAAAGCCUUCACUACAGCCUCAUGUCUGAUUGUCCAUAAGAGGAUUCACACUGGAGAGAGACCCUAUGAAUGUAAGGAGUGUGGGAAAGCUUACAAAAGGUGUUACCUACUGACUGAACAUGUAAAAACCCACAUGAGGGAAAAGCCCUUUGAAUGUAAGGUGUGUGGAAAACUCUUUGGGAAUUUCUCUUGCCUUAAUAAGCACAUCCGAAUUCACACUGGGAUAAAACCCUAUAAGUGUAAGUACUGCGGAAAAGACUUCACUGUCCCCUCUAGCCUCGCUGAACAUGUAAAGACUCAUGCUGGCGCGAAGCCCUACAAAUGUAAGGAAUGUGGGAAAGCCUUCACAACAUCCUUAACCCUCUAUCACCAUGUCCGAGUUCAUGAUAGAGAGGUUUCCUCUAAGUAUCAGGAAUGUGGGGGAAAACUACAAGUUUUAUCAACUAACUGAACUUAGUAAAUCAAUCUGAAUGGAAACCCUUUGAAUGGGAAAAAUUUUGAAAGUCCUUCAAGAAUUCUGUACAUCUUGAUCAUCAUAGUGGAUUUUGCACUGCUGAGAAGCCUUAUUAAUGUAAGAAAUGUGGGUUAACCUUCAAACCAGCUUACUUGAGAGACAUAAAAGCUCUCUUGUUCUCAAGAUGCCCGUGAUCAAGAAACCUGUGUGAGCCAUUGGAAUGUCAUCAAAGUGCACUAAUCCAUGAGCUCGCCUUGGAACCGUG